CCUCCACAGUGAGGGUGGUGGAAAGGAAGGGCUGUCGUCAGCAACCUUUGCCUUUUAACACUGGACUUCCGGAUGAGGAUCAGACUAAACAGCCACCAGUUCCCACAAUAUUGGUCUUCCUAACAAGGAGUGAAAGUUGCCACAAAAUAAUAUUUAAAACUGACUACAGUAAUCUUUACAGCAGUGUUCUGGAUAAUAUCAUCAUGACUGCAGAAACAACAAUGCAAUUUCAUCAAGCUUUGCCUAAAGUUGAACUCCAUGCUCAUCUCAAUACCUCAAUCAGCAAUACUACCAUGGAGAAACUGAUACUACAGAAACCACAUCUCCACAUUCAGCAUAACAUGACUGUAAUCAGAAAAGACCAAAAAAGGACCUUAGAAGAUUGCUUUGAGAUGUUUAAAAUAAUUCAUCAACUAACUGACAGUGUUGAACACAUUUUCAUGGUGGCAAAAGAGGUCAUCAAAGAAUUUGCAGCUGAUGGAGUGAAAUACCUUGAGCUGCGGAGCACACCACGAGAGGAGAGCACUACAGGAAUGACUAAGAAGUCCUAUGUUGAAGCUAUACUUGAAGCUAUAAAACAAUGCAAACAAGAAGGUGUGGACAUAGAUGUCAAAUUUCUUUUAUCCAUUGAUAGAAGAGGCGGGCCUAUUGUUGCUAUGGAAACUGUAAAACUUGCAGAAGAAUUCUUUGCAUCCACUGAUGGACUGGUAGUUGGCGUGGAUCUAAGUGGGGAUCCUGCAGUAGAACAUGCCAAGAAUUUUAUUGCCCCACUUCAUGCAGCUAGAAAUACAGGACUUAAGCUUGCUGUGCACAUGGCUGAAAUUCCCCAUCAAAAUGAAGAAUUGGAAAUGUUUCUUGGUCUUCCUCCAGAUAGGAUUGGCCAUGGUACAUUCCUUCACCCUGAAGUUGGAGGUUCAGAACAUCUGGUUGACAUCAUUAGCAAAAAUCAAAUACCCAUCGAGUUUUGUAUGACAUCAAAUGUCAAAGGACAAACUGUCUCUUCAUAUGACCAACACCAUUUCAAAUACUGGUACAAUCGUGGACACUCCUGUGUGGUUUGUACUGAUGGCAAAGGUGUUUUUGCUAGCAACCUGUCCCAGGAGUAUCAGAUAGCAGAGGCAACAUUUAACCUUUCUAAAGCUCAGAUAUGGGAGCUCUCUUAUCAGAGUAUUAACCACAUCUUCGCUCCAGAGAGUGUAAAAUGUGACUUGAAGAAGCGAUGGAAUGACCUGAAACCAGAACUAUUUAACCAAGGCUAACAAAAGAUCAAGUGACACGGUCAAUGAUCUUGUUGGUACAUUCACUGAGUUUUGUAAUCAAAAUAUCCACAUUUUAAGGAAAUAAAAAUGUUGCUCUA